UCAUCUCUUGGGUCACAAGAAUACUCUUCAUCAGCAUCUAGGUUGUCAAUUUGGAGAUUUCACACAUCUGGUGUGAUGCAUUUGUAUUGUUAUUCUUCUUGUUUUGUUUUGUUGGGACGCUUUAAAAAGUUUUUAAGGAUAAGUCUUGAUUAGUUUUCAAUAUUGCAUCAUGUGUAGUCUUGCUUGUUCUCCGUAUCUCUGUGGUUUCCUAUGGAAUAGUUUUGAUAUUCAAAAAUGGGUUUUGUUUUUCAAUGUAACUUUAGGUUUCAACCGGUUCUAACUGCAAGUGGAAUAAACUUGUUCCUACUUGAGUUUGAGUUUGUUUAUGAGAUGAAGGCCAUUAGAGGGUGGCGUCUAGGCAGAACAAGUCAUAUGCCUGGUGCUCGUCACCGUGCUCGUACAGAGAAGCCAGUAUGGAUCAUUGCAGUGGUUUCGUUGAUAAUAAUGUUUGUAAUUGGUGCUUACAUGUUCCCUCAUCACAGCAAAGCUGCUUGUUAUAUGCUUUCGUCUAAAGGUUGCAAGGGGUUUACUGAUUGGCUUCCAACCUCGCCGAGGGAGUUUUCUUAUGACGAGAUCACAGCUCGUGUAGUGACUAGGGAAGUCUUGAGCUCCCCUCGUGUUAUAAAAAAGACUUCUAAGAUUGCAUUUAUGUUCUUAACUCCGGGUAUAUUGCCUUUUGAAAAGUUAUGGGAUCUCUUUUUCCGGGGUCAUGAGGGGAAAUUAUCUGUGUAUAUCCAUGCAUCAAAGGAUACGCCGGUUCACACCAGUCGUUACUUUAUUAACCGUGAUAUUCCAAGUGAUGAGGUGGUCUGGGGUACAAUAUCAAUGAUUGAUGCUGAAAGGCGUUUGUUGGCCAGUGCUCUUAGAGAUCCUGAGAAUCAGCAAUUUGUUUUACUCUCUGAUAGUUGUGUGCCACUUCGAAGUUUUGAAUACAUGUACAACUAUAUGAUGUUCAGCAAUGUCAGCUAUGUUGACUGCUUUUACGAUCCUGGUCGACAUGGAACCGGCAGGCAUACGGAUCACAUGUUGCCGGAAAUUCCAAAAGAAGAUUUUAGAAAGGGUUCACAGUGGUUCUCCUUGAAGCGUCAGCAUGCAAUAAUAACUGCAGCAGACAGUUUAUACUACUCAAAAUUCCGGGACUAUUGUGGACCAGCUGUAGAGAGUAACAAGUACUGCAUUGCGGAUGAACAUUACCUACCAACACUCUUCCAUAUACUUGAUCCUGGUGGCAUUGUUAACUGGACUCUGACAUAUGUUGAUUGGUCUGAGAAAAAGUGGCAUCCAAAAACAUACAUGCCCGAAGACAUCACGCACGAGUUACUGAAGAACCUCAUGUCCAUUGACACAGUUUCACACGUAACAAGUGACAGAACGGGUGUAGUAACAUGGACACAAUGCUUGUGGAAUGGAAUCAAAAGACCUUGUUAUCUCUUCGGAAGGAAGUUUCAUGCAGAUACUCUUGAUAAACUGAUCGAUCUUUUCUCAAACUACACAAGUAUACUGCAUAAACCUCAUUAGAAGAUGUAACUCGUUACAUAGUCGUUUAAAGAGCAGAAAAUAUUGUUGUGAUCCUGAGAAGCAUAGGAAGUGUUUGGUGGUUUUCAUUUGAUCAUAUAUCUGACUGGCUUUAAAAGUGUAGUUCUAUAUCAAGAACUAAUUUUACAAAUUGCUAUUAAGCAUUUUCCAUUUCUCAGACAGAACUCUCUAGAACUACAUUCUUAUUACUGACUGCAUA